AUGGCCUCCAACGAAUACUAUCACGCAAAUAUUCCACAACCCCCCAGCUACGACCAAGCUGUCCCCGGGAAGACAGAUAAUGCCCCGCACACAGCGCCUGGGCUUGGCUACGCAAGCCCGGUUUACAACCACGACGAUCCCUCAGCCCCUUAUCACAACCGAGAGAGUCAACAGUCAUUUGCAUCGGACAAUGGACAUUACCAAACAGCCGGACGGGCAACGGAAGGCGAUAAUUACGCAGAAAAUAUACCUCUGAAGACCAACGCCCAGUAUGGAAACAAUCCAGAUUGGAUGCGACAACAGACGCAGUACCCUCCAUCACCAGGGGGUCUGGAGGAUAGCCGACAACGUGAUAGCCGAAAGAAGAAGGGAUUUUUCAGCAAGAAGAUUGCCUGGGUGACAUACAUCUUGACAUUAGCCCAGAUCAUCGUAUUUAUUAUUGAACUGGUCAAGAAUGCUCAGUUGACAGGGUCAGUGAUCGAGACAAAACCUACCUUCAAUCCGAUGAUCGGGCCCUCACCAUACGUCCAAAUAUACAUGGGAGCACGCUACAACCCGUGCAUGAAGAACGUUGAGGGGAUCCAGGAUGCCAAUUAUACCCUUUCGUGGCUCUGUCCGAAUGCCACAUCGACGACGGUGACGGGAACGGGUUGUACACUGUCUGAAGUGUGCGGCUUUAGCGGUGUUCCCAACCCCUCUAUUGGAGGGUCAACAGACGAUCGGCCGGCUCCCAACCAGUGGUACAGAUUCAUUAUCCCCAUCUUCAUGCAUGGAGGAUUCAUCCACAUCGGAUUCAACCUGUUGGUUCAGAUGACUAUGGGUGCAGACAUGGAGCGUAUGGUUGGCAUGUGGCGCUAUACCUUGACCUACUUCGCCAGUGGUAUCUUCGGUGAUGGCUGCUCGGGCGCCCUAUUCGGUAUCCUUGCGCUUUAUCUUCUCGACCUGCUGUAUGACUGGCCCCAGCGCGAAUCUCCGUGGGUUGAGCUUAUCAUCAUGCUUCUCGGAGUGGGUGUCUCGUUCGUUCUUGGUCUUCUCCCAGGAUUGGACAACUUCUCCCACAUUGGUGGCUUUAUCAUGGGUCUCGCCAUUGGCCUGACUAUCAUGCGGUCGCCUAACGCUCUCCGCGAGCGGAUUGGUCUGGCACGACAGCCAUAUGUUGCCAUGAGCGGCGGAGCUGGCCAAGCUGGUCCCGAGCAAAAGACUAUCCCCUUCAUGGAGUUCUUCAAGAGCAAGCGAGGUCUCACCUCCCACUCAUCAGAAAACCCCGGUCCUACAGGCGGCCCGCUCGGUUUCUUCAAGGGCCGCAAGGCUCUUUGGUGGCUGUGGUGGUUGGUUCGUGCUGGCGCCCUAGUCGCGGUCCUCAUUGGUUUCAUUAUGUUGCUUAUCGAUUUUUAUAAAUACCCCUCCUCGAACUGCUCUUGGUGCUAUCGGUUGAGUUGUCUGCCCGUCAAUGGCUGGUGUACACAGAACAACCUACCGACCUCCAAUGCGACCAGCAGCUGA